GAUCUCCUCUCCUCCUGUGCGUGGAAACAGGAGGAAAGUCAGUCACUGGAAUCUCUCCUCCCACUCCACAUCAUAUUCCUUCAUUCUCUGUUCACUUUCCUUCUCCCAGAGGUCUCCUGCUUUCACCAGAAACUCCCCUCAGGACUGACUUUAACUAGUUCUUCGGCUUCAAUGCCGCAGAGCGUUUAUUUAACGUUACCCUUUUAAUUUUGCGUUGCAGAAACAUGCCAAGUCGGGUCAGCGUCGCGAUUUUGCGGUUUAAUUGUGUUUUUUUUCUGGCUGCGAGCCACGUCAAGAGCUCUGAACCGGACUACCUCUUUCCAGACACAGAACAAGAUCUCUUCAUCAAGCAACACUCUGAAUUUUAUGUGGAUCACCCAGAAAAAGUGGACGCGAAUGGAAAAUUCAUCUCAUACGCUUUAUCACAUCACUUCACUAACAUGCGACAUAAGAGGGACCUAAAUUCAGCGGAGAAGCGGGUGUAUUACAAACUCAACUACAAAGGUCGGGAGUACACUCUCAAUCUAACCACCAAUGACAACCUCUUCGCUAAUGAAUAUGUGUUGGAGAGACACAAUGGGAGUUUAAUGGAAAAGUGGCCACAAACAUCUGGGAACGGUGCCUGUCACCUUCUUGGCACAGUAACGGUUGAUAACAUGCCAAGUGUUAUCCGGACCGCCGCUAUCAGCACCUGUGAGGGACUGAGAGGGCUGUUAAAUUUACCGGAGGGGCCGUUAUUGAUCGAGCCGGUCCUUGGCCUCACCCCAAAUGUCACUCAUCCUCGACGCCCACAUGUGAUCUACCGGAGUUUAACCUGGAGCGCUCUCAGGCGGCGACGCAGCACUGACGCACACAGUGUUCACUAUAGUCCCUGCGGUGUCAAAGAUGGCUCCAAGUAUUCCCAACAGGUGGAGCAGGAGAGAGAGCGCUGGGAGCAGGAACAGCAGGGUGGGGAUCGCAGUGACGAAUGGAGUCGACCUCGGAGGAUCUCCCCUCGCUCCAUCAGCAAAGAGCGCUGGGUGGAGACCAUGGUGGUGGGCGACUCCAAACUCGUGGAGUACCACGGAAGUGGAAACGUUGAGUCCUACAUCUUUACCAUCAUGAACAUGGUGGCUGGAAUUUUUCACGAUGCCAGCAUCGGUAACGCAGUCCAUAUCAUAUUGGUCCGGCUCAUUCUGCUACAGAGAGAGGAAAAAGGGCUGAAGAUCGCUCACCACGCUGAUACGACUCUCAACAGCUUCUGUACAUGGCAGAAAAACCUCAAUCCUCAAAGUGACACUCAUCCUGCACACCAUGAUGUUGCUAUACUCAUCACACGGAAGGAUAUCUGCGCAGGCAUGAAUCAGCCGUGUGAGACGCUAGGCUUGUCUCACCUGUCAGGCAUGUGCCAGCCACAUCGCUCCUGCAAUAUCAACGAGGACUCAGGGCUACCGGUCGCUUUCACCAUCGCUCAUGAGCUUGGACACAGUUUCGGAAUCCAACAUGACGGUCAAGGGAAUGACUGUGAGUUAGUGGGGAGACAUCCCUUCAUCAUGUCCCGCCAGCUCCACUACGACUCCUCUCCUCUCACCUGGUCCUCCUGCAGCAAGGAGUACAUAACCCGCUUUCUCGAUCGUGGUUGGGGUUUCUGUCUGGAUGACCGUCCGUCUAAGAAGGGCCUCAGCACCCCGGGGGCGGCACCUGGAGUGCGAUACACACCCCAGCACCAGUGCCAGCUGCAGUACGGGCCCAACGCCACCUUCUGCUCAGAAGUGGAUAACGUGUGUCAAAUUCUGUGGUGCUCUAUAAAUGGGACGUGCCGCUCCAAACUGGACUCGCCAGUCGACGGAACCAAGUGCGGACCUGAGAAGUGGUGUAUCUCUGGUGAGUGUGUCAUCGUAGGGAAGUUACCGGAAACGGUGCAUGGAGGGUGGGGCCCCUGGAGCACCUGGUCCUUCUGCUCUCGGACCUGUGGAGCCGGCGUCCAGUCCGCAGACAGGGAAUGCAACAAGCCUAAACCUGAGUUUGGAGGGAAAUAUUGUACGGGUGAGCGGAAGCGCUACAGGAUUUGCAACACGAAGCCGUGUGCCAGAAAACAGCCCUCCUUUAGAGAGAUGCAGUGCAGUGAAUUUAACACUGUGCCUUACCACAAUGAACUCUACGAGUGGAUCCCUGUUGCGGCGACCUCGCGUCCAUGCGAGUUACACUGCAAGCCUGUGGAUGAGGACUUUUCUGAGAAGAUGUUGGAUGCGGUCACAGACGGGACGCCCUGCUUCAUGAUCAACAACAGCAGGAACGUCUGUGUCAAUGGUGUGUGCAAGGAGGUGGGUUGUGAUUUUGGCAUUAAUUCUAAUGCUAAAGAGGACAGCUGUGGCGUUUGUCUCGGUGACGGAUCCACUUGUGAGACGGUGAAGGAGAACUUUGUGAAGCUAGAUGGAUUUGGUUACAUGGACCUGGUUUUGAUUCCUAAGGGAGCUCGGGAUAUCUUCAUACAGGAAGUAGAAGAGGCUGGGAAUUUCCUUGCGAUCCGAGCGGCUGAUUCAGAUGAGUAUUACCUCAAUGGGAAUUACAUCAUUCAGUGGAACGGAGAGUAUGAGGCAGGUGGCACAAAGUUUUACUACGAGCGGAGCGGAAAUAUGGAGAAUCUCACCUCUGCAGGACCAACAACUGAACCUGUCCGGAUCCAGUUGUUGUUCCAAGAGCUGAAUCCUGGUGUCAAGUAUGAGUACACCAUUAAGAGGAGUCGCCCGCUGGGGAACGAUAUUCUGGAACCUGAAUAUAUCUGGAAAUACGGAGCAUGGACUGACUGCAGCACCACCUGUGGGCUUGGUGAGCAGCAUCAACCUGUGCGCUGUUUCGAGGCAGAGGUUGGCGUGGUUGAAGAAACACUAUGUGACCCCAGUACCCGUCCUGAUGACAAGCAUCGCAAGUGCAAGAACAUGGACUGCCCUGCGAGGUGGUGGCUGGGAGGAUGGCAGACAUGCUCGGCUACAUGCGGUCCCACCGGAGUGAGAAAGCGCACCAUACUGUGUGUGCGUACGGUGGCCGGAGAGGAACGCGUUCUGCACCCUGGGGACUGUAAGCAGCUGCCCAAAUCCAAAACUGUGUUACCUUGCAACCGAGAUGUACCGUGUGGGUCAGAAUGGACUGUGGGGAACUGGAGUGAGUGCUCUCUGUCUUGUAAUGGAGGAAUACAGUCCAGAACAGUCAAGUGCGUUGCAAAACAACCCAGCCAGUGCAACCCUUCCAGUCGACCUCGUUCCACAAACUUCUGUAACCUCCAGAGCUGCAGACCACAAUUCCGACCUAGAGUCCCUCCUAAAACCCCAACGCAGGCCCCCGGGACCCAAACACCAGGAUAUAGCACCACUAUCGUGCCUCCAAACACCUCUACUCCCAUUACAACACACACCAACACUUCCCCAACAUCCACAACAUCUGACAUCAUCCAUGAAGAUGACCGAGACUUUAUCUUGGUGAGGGAUGGUCACAAAGACAAUGAUGGUCGGGGAGCGGGUCCCUCAAAUACUAAAGACCGGGGAGCUCCUGAGGACGAGGAGGGAAGCACAGACCUGCAGCCUCCGGAUAAAAGCUACACAACGGGUUAUGAUUACAUAGUAGAAGAUCCAACCGGAGAAGAAAGAGCACGUGUGGAUGAUAUGUUUACCAGCACUCCUGAAGAAGUCCCCACAUCCACUGUCCGACCAACCACAACCCGAGCACCAAUGCAUACUAUCAUUGACACAACAAAACCAACCUCUACCAGUAGAACCCAAUACAUUGAUCUCACAACACAUCAAUGCACUAAAACAAGCCCAUUUGAACUAAAUACCACCCCAAAACCCAAAGUGCCACAUUUAAAUACUCAAAGUCCCCAAGCAACUUUUCCUACAGUGAAGAUACUCAGGAAGGCCUCACAAACACCGAAAGGUCCCAACAAAGGCAAGGCGCCUAAAGCUUUUAGGCAGAGGCCGGAGACGGCGAACACCACCGAUGAUGACUAUGGGAACCUGAAUGCACGAGAUCCCAUCAGAAGGAGUGCAUUUUGGGAAGUUGGCAACUGGAGUGAUUGCUCCACUUCGUGUGGUCUCGGAGCGGUAUGGCGGUCCGUAACCUGCAGCUCAGAGCGUGAGGAAGAUUGUGCCAGUGUGAAGAAGCCAGAACCUGCCCGACGAUGCAACCUGCGACCCUGCGCCAUCUGGAGGAGUGGUAACUGGACCAAGUGUCCUGAAGGCUGUGUGACUGAUAUGAAGCAUCGAGAAGUGCAGUGCAUCGACACCCAGAGCGGACGUCCAUUGAGGCCGUUUCACUGUCAGGCUCUUUCAAACAAACCCCCCAGCAGUCUGCCCUGCACCAGCCGGCCCUGCCUGCAGUGGACCAACUCGCCCUGGGGAGAGUGCUCUAAAAGUUGUGGGGAGGGAGUGAAGGAAAGACUUGUGCACUGCCCCGAGUAUCAGCGCUGUAACGUCACGCUCAAACCCACCAGCACUGAGUCCUGUCGUCUGCAGCCCUGCACCGGCUGGGAGACUGAAGCCUGGGCUCAGUGCUCCAGAAGUUGUGGUGGAGGGGUUCAGAAGAGAGCGGUGAGGUGCGUGAACCAGGAAUCCGGCGAGGAAGAAAAGACGUCACUGUGUGCGAAUAACAAUAAACCUGACAGUGUGAAGAACUGCAACCCAGAGGAGUGUAAAACUGAUUUAGGUCUGGUUUGCAAGAAAAACAGCAUGUCGACACGUUUCUGUGAGAAGCUCAAGCUGCUGGGUCGCUGCUCCCUGCGCUCCAUCCGCAAGCAGUGUUGUGUCACUUGUAUGAUGUAACACUUGCAGAGGUCAGGCUUGGGUCAUCUCAUCAAACUACUGGACUUGCUGAAGGCAGGGUUCACGGUGCUCUAGAAAUGCAGACGUCCCUCUCAAAUAUAUGAAAAUAUGAGGUUUUUACUUGAACAAAGGAUCCUGGGCAUGUUUCCCUCCAUUUUUUUUUUUCAAAGUGCGUCAUGAAAUGCAUCCGGACACAUCAAGCUGUAGUUACAGGAUUCAUCAUCAGUUAGACAGGUAACCUAUAUAUUGUUUUUUGCACUCAUUUUUGAAAA